AUGAAGAUAAUAUGUGCAGGACUACAGAAAACCGGCACAAAAUCUAUCGCAGAAGCACUGAGAAUACUUGGAUAUAAUGUACAUGAUGUAUUUGAACAGUUUCAUCACGAAAAAGAACUCUGGGAUAAAAUCCUGGACAACACUGUUACCGUACAAGACUAUCAACGAAUCUUAAAAAAUGUCGAUGCAAUGACAGACUUUCCUGCAAUAGGAGUCAGGGAACAGAUAUAUGAAGCUUUCCCCGAUGCAAAGAUAAUAUUGAUGGUCAGGUCUAGUGAAGACGAAUGGGUUAGAAGUGUUUUCAAACAGAGAGAGGUUGCAAAUGAAUAUGUUGUGAAGAACGAUUUCCUUAGACAACUUCAGUUUCAAUUUGUUACUGGGCCUCUAUCAUUGCAGUUUUAUAACAUCGAAACAGCAUUUACAAAUGCUUCUAUUGGGGUAUCGAGAAUGUAUGGACAAACAUUACCGGAGGCAUUUCUGAGGUGA